AUGGUCGAACUCAAUCCUCUCCUGCGCAAGGCCUACUGGUCGUUAGCAGCCGCCGGCCUUAUCUAUGUGGGCAUCGUCUAUUCCCUGACGUACCCAGUUGUCCAAAGAUUCGCACUCUAUGCCAACAAGAUAAACCCUGCCCUAUGGGAGGACGUCAACUUGGUGGAAUCGUUCGGGUUCCUAAAGACGCAAGUCCAGCCUUUCAACUUGGCCACGCCUGAUAAUGAGACCAUCUAUGGCUGGCAUCUCCUUCCUUUGCAUAUCUGCCGAGAACAUGAAGCGGAGCUGGAUGUAGAGAAGCCAGCUGGCCCUGCGGAUGACUAUGCCUCAACCCCAGCAUUUGAGCUUCUAGCCAAUGACCCAAACGCCAGGGUAGUAGUGAGCUUCCACGGCAACGCCGCCCACAUUGGAUCUGCUCAACGACCAGAGACAUACCGCAUGCUUCUCGGCCUUUCAACUCCAGAAAACCCCGUCCACGUAUUCGCAAUCGACUACCGCGGCUUCGGGAUAUCCACAGGAACACCCACAGAAGAAGGCCUGAUCACCGACGGCGUAACGCUGCUGAAUUUCCUGACAUCAUCCCCGCUCAACAUCCCGCCCUCCCGCAUUGCAAUCGUCGGCCAGAGCCUCGGAACAGCUGUCAGCGCCGCAGUAGCAGAGCGCUUCGCAUUCGGUUCACCGGACCCAACCGCCAUCGAACCAGCCCUCAAAGACCCCGAGCCCUUCGCCGGCAUCAUCCUCCUGGCCUCUUUCAGCAACCUCCCCAACCUGAUUGAGUCGUACAGUCUCAAGGGACUUACACCCCCAAUUCUCUCCCCGCUGCGCGGAUACCCACGCAUCCAGAACUGGGCGCGAAGCCACAUUCUAGACAAGUGGGAUACGGCUGGACGAGUGGCGCGGCUGACGGGCGCUAACAGCAGCCUGGCUGAUGCGAACCCUGCAUAUGCGGAGAAGGGCCUCGACUUGGCUAUCAUCCAUGCGAAGAAUGACGUGGAGAUUCCCUGGAUCGAGGGAAGGCGUGUUUGGGCGGCUGCGACGGGCCAACUACAGAAACAGAAAUAUGCUACCGGGUCUUUGACGUAUGAGAAGCGGGAUGCUGAUAAUGGGCCGAAUGAGGUGCUCAUCUGGGAGAAUAGGUCUGGGAAGGGUGACGGGGCGGUUAAGAGGGUAAGGUGGGAGCGCGUUGCGUAUGGAGGUCAUAAUCGCGUUGCUACAUUCUCUACCGCGGCUCUUGCUGUGCUGAGGGCUUUUGAAGAGUAG